CGAGAGCGUACCCGGUAGACGGCUCUCCGGCGGCCCUGGCCAGGAAAGAGGAGUUGCAUGUGUCGCUUCGGCGGGCGGGAGCGGAGGCGGCGGGGGCCGUGCGACCGCCCGGGUCUGUGAAAUGGCUGCUGACAUUUCUGAACCCAGUGGUGCUGACUGCAGAGGGGACCCGAGGAUCAGCGCCAAGUUAGACGCGGAUUACCCACUUCGAGUCCUCUACUGUGGAGUCUGUUCAUUACCAACAGAGUACUGUGAAUAUAUGCCUGACGUUGCUAAAUGUAGACAGUGGUUAGAGAAGAAUUUUCCCAAUGAGUUUGCAAAACUUACUGUAGAAAAUUCACCCAAACAAGAAACUGGAAUUACUGAAGGUCAAGGGACAAUAGGAGAAGAAGAGGAAAAGAAAAAACAAAAGAGGGGUGGAAGAGGUCAAAUCAAACAGAAAAAGAAGACCGUACCACAAAAAGUUACUAUAGCAAAAAUUCCCAGAGCAAAGAAGAAAUAUGUGACCAGAGUGUGUGGCCUUGCAACUUUUGAAAUUGAUCUUAAAGAAGCACAAAGAUUUUUUGCUCAGAAAUUCUCCUGCGGUGCCUCAGUAACAGGGGAGGAUGAAAUCAUCAUUCAGGGGGACUUUACAGACGACAUCAUUGACGUCAUUCAGGAAAAGUGGCCAGAGGUGGAUGAUGACAGUAUCGAGGACCUUGGAGAAGUAAAGAAGUGACUUUGAAGACGAAUUUGUAUUUAAUGAUCUGAACUGAGUUGACAUGGCCCAAGGGAGAGAGCGGCUAUUUAUCCUACAGUCAAGUGCACACUGCUCUCUCCUUGGUGUUUUCACUGCUCUGUACAGGCUGCUUGGGUUUUUUUUUUAUUGCCAAAGUCUAAUAAAUAAGAGAGACUGUCAUGCUUAUGCAUGAUUCAGAAUUUAGUCAAAUAAAAAAUUUUAGUCACUUGGUACUGACUUGCUUUUUAACUUAUUUUGGAAAAACACUGUAGACUCCCUCCCCCCUCGGUGCUGGGGAUUGGAUCCAGGGUCUUGUACAGGUCAUGCAAGCGCUCUGCCACUGAGAUAACACUCCACACUCAAGACUUUUUGAGGGUUUGUGGGAAGCAUUUCUGUGGUUAUUUGAUUGAAAGCUGAGUGAAUUUUUUAAAGCUCUGAAUGUAGUUUCCUUAAGACUAAUACCUCUUUGCUUCUUUGGGGUAGCGAUGUGGAGAUGAAUGAGAAUCUUAAUAGUUUGUGGUUGAAUUUGUUUCAUUAUUACCAAAAAAUGUCUACUUUGUGGUGUAAUAAUAUACUGCUGAUAGCACUCAUUCUGUUUUAGAGAUUAUUUGGUGUAAAAGUAUAUUAAAAGCCUUAAAACCAUGUGCAUUGUUUUACCCAGUAAGGUAUGUCAUAGAUAUAUGCAUAAAAUUUAUAGUGUUUAUCAAAAUGUUAUUUUUAACAUCAAAAACUGCAAAAAUGAUAGGAACAAUUAGAAGGUGAUUACAAAGUGAUGGUGCAUUAUACAUAAAGAUGCGAUUUUCCAGAAAUUUCUUAGAAACAUGUUUGGUUGUGGUAAGUUAGGCAGACCCCAAAUCCAUUUUAGAUCUUAUCGUUGUAGACUAGGACUGAGGCUCAAGCGGUAGAGCACGCACCUGCCCAGUAUCUAGGCCAGGUUCAAUCCUCAGUUCUACAAAAAAUAAAAGGACAUCAUCAUUGUUGUGUACUGAAUGGAAAGUCAUCAGGGAUGCUGGGAGUUCUUAUUCUGCUGUAUCUGAGUGAAAGUCUGCUAACCACUUAAAAAUGUGUACCAGCUCAGUGUAUGGUCUGGCAAAUAACUGGAACAGUUUUCUCACAAGAGAAACAAUUUUAAUGAAUGCAUUGGAUUAAACUUUAAGGUGCUAUAAAUUGAAAAAACACGUGUU